UCACGCGUCUACGUUCAUUUUGAAACUUAUCCUUUCCCAUUCCUAUCCACCCUCAAGUACAAGAAAACAGACUCACAAUCACACCUCUUUCAACAUUCUUCUUUCAUCUUACAAACCAUCUGUCUAUAUUUAUUAUCAAUUAUUAAACCAAACUAGCAAAACGAAAAAGUCAAAACAUGUCUGUUCAAUGCGAAACUCAAGAACCCUUCUCCGAUCCUCUUUGUUCAGACUCAAUUUCAGAUGAUCCCUUGUCUCAAACCAGUAGUACCUUUGGCGACUAUGAAUUGGCUUAUUCAUUGCAAAGGUAUCUCGAAUCAUUAAACUUAAACAUCACAUUGAAACGUAUAAUUGAGCAAGAAGAAGAAGCUAUGAAAAAAAUUUCCCCACAGAGACUUAUAAGAAACAAGGCAUUUGCCGACAAAAGACAGCAAUUCUUUACCGUUCUAUACGAGGAAGCUGUAGAUUAUGUAUCCAUGGACACCCUUUGCAUUGCUGUUACUUUGCUGGAUCGGUGUUUUUCGCGGAAACCUGAUAUUAGACGGAACGAAUUUAAAGUUUAUGCUAUCGGCUCUUUAUUUAUUGCUUGUAAACUUACAAGUGACUUUACAGUGUCGCGAAAAACCUUUUGUGCGACUUUAGCGCCGAGUCUGCCGCUUUCUGAACUUGAUGUAUACGAACGACGGGUGUUGUCACUCCUCAAAUACAAUAUCUAUGUUCUAAGUAUGCCUUCAAUAGAGGCCUUUUUUACUCCCCUGCUCUUUGAGCAUGAAUUCUUUCGUUUGCUACGUAAUUCGGACAGAGAAAAGUUGAUGUAUAAUUGGCAGGGAAUUUUGCUACUUACCAUGAAAGAUGUUGGAUUUGUUAAGUAUCGUUCUAUGGAGCUAGUGGGCGCCUCACUUUGGAUACUGUUAGAUCUGUUUUUGCCCAGAGUCUUUCAGCAAAAGUACUUUGUACGGUUGUGCAGCAACAAAAGCAAAUUGGAAGAUCCAGACGAAUUUGAUAAACAAGAAUAUCGCUUUCGUGCGUGUAUUCAAGAUAUCCUCUUGCGGAUAUAAGAAUCAAUUAAACCAUGAAACAAUAGGAAUGUCAAUGUCUGUUCUUGAAAAUGGAUGCAGAAACUGCAUUCUUGAACAACAUCUUCAAUGUACCUUAUAUUCGGUAAUGAUUGUAUUAGAUGACUGUGUUGUUCCCACCCAAGUCUUGCGGGAAUCAAGCAGCUUAACAACGACAAGAGCAUCUCUAAACUGAACUAAACUGAAACUCAAAUUCAUCACUAGACAGUGGAAUUGUCGUGCUUGUUAAGGAAGCAACUUAAAGCAUCGUUUUAAACAGUGAUGGAGCAAUCAUUUGCACGACCAGUCAAUGGCAUGCAUUCAUCGAUAACAUUUCUUUUAUAUUUUAUUUAUUACUUAGAGAAACAGAAAGGCAGGGUAUAUAUAGCAGGCAUGAGCAAAAGGUUUUUUAAGGUCGUUUGUACAUUAUUAGUUGGCAAGAAACGGACACAUCCGGACACAGGCUAUGCAAUUCUCUAUGAUGUAUCAGGUUGACAUUUACUAGCUGGUUUGCAUGCAACAAAACCCUGCUACUUAUCGUCUCAGUACAGACAACCUACACACAUAACGGCCUAUACGUAAGGAAUCAACUUCAUACUUUCGUAACUGUUCCUCCUCCUCCCCCCAAUCAUUGUUCCAUACAAAAUUACCAUACCAGGCAUGUUUGUAAAAUUAUCAAUAGGAGUAUAAGAACACUUUCUCCAACAUUGGGGUUAAACUAAAUAGUACAAUACGCAGAGCAAUAAUUGCUGAAGUAGAGGUGUUUUGCGAACCGCUUAACGAAUCGCUUAAACAGCCUUCACCUUCAGACGGCGGUCACCAGGACCCUUAUUAGCGUUUUCAAAAAAGUACACACCAUUGCCACAGUCUUGAACCCAUUGGCAUUGGCGGAAUGCCCUGUACAAAGCGACAAACAUGUUCGUCGUGUCGCGAAGGUAAAAUUUGCCAAGCAAUGGACGAACGGCUUCUGUAGCUUCACGGGCAUUAUAAAACGGAAUCCGAGAAAUGAGGUGGUGAAGAACGUGAGUCUCAAUAAUAUCAUGGAACAAGUGCUUGCCAAUAAAACCAAAGUCGCGGUCAACACUGACAAGAGCACCUCGAGUAAAGUUCCAUGUACGGUUGUCAUAACGAGCAAGCAGAGGGUCUGUAUGCUGCAAUAAGGAAUACCAUAGUACAAAGCUACAGUGGAAAGAGAAGUCUUUCGAAUCAGAUAUAUAAGAACACCAAAAGCGACAAGCAUUCCCAGAUCGGACAACAGGACCGCCCGCAAUUGAUCGCGGCGGAACAUAGGAGCGCCGGGGUGGAAAUGGUUCAUUUUGUACCAAGCAUAUCCCGGGGGAUACUGACCCGUGGCAUUAGUAAAUAAAUGAACAAUCCAUCCAAGGGACUGCUGGAGAAAAACAUUAAGCGAGGUAACUAAAGGCGACUCAUUAAUCGCUUCGUAAAAAGCUUCUGAGUAAAGGUUAAUUUUUUUACCCUCCUUAUCGCAACCAGUGCCGCCCGUUUUGCGGUUCAAUUUCACUUCGGCGGUCUUGGGAACGAAGACAGUGUCCUCAGUCAUGUGAGCAUUCUUCUUGUGAUGCGUGCCGUGAGUAAACUUCCAGGAGAAGUAGGGCACAAACAACGCCGAAUGAACAAUCCAACCGACGGUGUCAUUCACCCAAUUGUAAGGAGAAAACGCCGAAUGUCCACACUCAUGAGAGAGUACCCAAAGUCCCGUAAAAAAGAGACUCUGGAUGAACCCAUACGUUGUCCACGCCAUUGAACGAACUAUAAGAGAUGAAGGAAGCAAGGGAAUGAGUUUGUGGGCCAAACCACCUGUGAUAACGACACACAAUAGAUCACGUAGCAAGUAAGAAAAAGAACGCACCAAGCUACGCUCGAAACAGUGUUUUGGGAUCGCAUUGUACACGUCCUUCAUGGAAAUAUCGGGCAAUUCGUAGGGAUUACCGUAGGAAUCGGCCAUACAAUCCGGAGAACGGUUGUUUGGAUACACCGACUCCUGUGCACUAGGAGAAACGGUAGGUUCAACAUUUUUCUUGGGUUCCAAUGGCUUUGCUGAAGCCGUGGAGGACUGUUCAGCAAUGACAGAAUAAGUCAUUGAGUCUAAGAUUACAAAUUAUCGGAAAAAAUACAGUUAAAGGGAAAAAUUCGCCAGGAAACUCGCACAAAAGCAC